CGAUAAUUGAUAUGUAGAGAGAUAGGAGCCUGGUAAUAGUGUCACGGAGCCCGUUGCUCGUGUAUUGCGAGUAAUCCUGAAAUGACUUGCCUUCUUUGAUUGAAUGACCGUGUCGUAUAGCAAGAAAGCCAAAGCACAAUGGACUCAGACAUGAAAAAAGAGCGCGACGGGGAGCCAGGCACGCUAUCGAGUGCGGAUCAUGGCGACAGCAAUGAGUUCGAGGUCAUCCAAGACUGCGUGCAUCGCUUGUUUGAGCGUCAAGUACUACAGAGACCAGAUGCCCCAGCCGUAUAUGCGUGGGAUGUUAAAUUCACCUACAUGCAACUAGAUCAAGCAGCAAAUCGGCUCGCUCACCACCUGGCCCGACAGCUCCAAAUUUCACGUGGCACACUGAUUCAUACAUGCUUCGAGAAGACCGGCUGGUAUAUCGUUGCCGUCCUGGCCAUCAACAAGGCUGGCGCAGCUUGGGUCCCCCUCGAUCCCUCACAUCCGAAACCGCGCAAACAACAGAUUCUCAAGCAAACUAGAGCGACAAUUGCAUUAGCUUCGCCUGCCAAUGUCAUCGCAUGUGCCCAGCUGGGUUUGCAUGUUGUCGAGGUAUCUCAAAGCUCCGACAGUAGCCUGGCAGCCGAAGAUGCCGAGAGUCGCAGUGCCCCUGUGGUAGAAGUAUCGGCUCUUGAUGCUGCGUAUGUGCUCUUCACAUCAGGUUCAACUGGCGUACCUAAAGGCAUAGUGAUGGAGCAUGUUGCCGUUUGCACUAGUCAGAGGGCUAUCAGCGAGAGAUUGAGGAUGACUGCAGAUGUCAGGAUUCUACAAUUCUCUUCUUUCGUCUUCGACGUGUCUGUGGGCGAGAUCAUUGCCCCGCUGAUCUCGGGUGCCUGCUCUUGCAUGCCUUCUGAGGACAUGCGCGUAGAUAUCGCUGAGCUCGCUACAUUCAUCGAAAAGUCUCAAACAAACUGGGCGUUCUUCACCCCGACAUUCGCUGGUCUAAUUCAUCCUUCCAGCUUGCCCACCCUUGAAUUGGUGGCACUGGUCGGCGAGGUGGUUAGUCGUGAUACGUUUGAUCGCUGGUUUGGUAACGUCCCCCGCCUUGUCAACGGUUGGGGACCUACCGAGACCUGUGUUUUCAGCGCAUUGCAUGAAUGGAGCUCUGCCGAAGAGUCGCCUGCGACAAUCGGGCGACCAGUUGCAUGCCAUUGCUGGAUCGUUGACCCCAAGGAUCCCCAGCAGUUGGUACCGGCAGGCGGGAUCGGUGAGAUCGUCAUUCAAGGGCCUACUCUUCUGCGUGAGUAUUUGGCCGAUGUAGAACGCACUAAACUUGUGAUCGUUGACACUCCUUUGGCGGUGGCUACACGGCACAAUUCUAGGCAAUGGGGGAGAUGCUACCUAACAGGAGACCUUGCGACCCAUAAUGCGGACGGGAGUCUACGUUAUUGUGAGCGAAAAGAUACACAAGUCAAGAUCCGAGGUCAACGUGUAGAGUUGAGCGAUAUCGAGUCAAAUAUAAAGCCCAUGUUGUCAAAUGAUCAACAGGUUGCAGUCGGUGUUAUUAGCAAGGACCAAGGCGGCACUCUAGUGGCAUUCGUCAGUCGUGGAUGUAAAAAUCAGGAGGGUCGUGCUCAGAACGAAGUUGGCAUCCCUCCAGAGAUCAUCCCCUUCGACGAUGAGAUCUCUACUUCUCUCCACAAAGUAGUCGAAUCUUUAGAGACCGUUCUACCAGCAUAUAUGGUCCCCACCAUCUUUCUCUGUGUACGACACAUGCCAUAUCAGUUGUCGUUGAAGCUAGACAGGCAGGCCCUGCGCAGAGCAGCAGAGUCUAUGCCGCCGAAUGCAUUAGCUGAAGUGGCGUUGUCCAGAACAGAUGAUGUACGCCCUCUUGACGCGGAUAUCCAGCUAGAGUUCAGCAGUGAAUACAAGGUCCUGAGAGGAGCAUGGGCUAAGGCCUUGAAGAUUGAUGAAUCUUUUCUAAACCACACAAGUCACUUCUUCAGUCUCGGCGGAGACUCAAUCAUCGCUAUGCGACUGGCCAACUCCCUGCGUUCCUCCGGUUUUGAUCUUUCGGCCGGCGCAGUACUGAAGCACCCCCGGCUUUUGGAGAUGUCUUUUCACGUUCGAAACCUUCAUAAGCUAGCUAGGGCUUCUAUCGAGCCGUUUUCGCUGCUCACUGGCGCUAGGGACCUACUCAUCACCCAAGCUUGUCGCGCUUGUAACAUCAGCCAGAGCCAUAUUCAAGAUAUGUACCCAUGUACACCUUUUCAGUCGGGAAUUAUGGCAAUCUUCGCUAGGGAGCCUAGAUGCUAUGUCAGCACCUUCACAUAUUCAUUGCGAAGAUCAAUUGAUCUACCCAGGUAUUUGGCAGCUUGGCAGAUGGUGCACCUAGCACUGCCCAUAUUGAGGACCAGAAUAGUCUUGAGUAAUAGCGGAGACUACUUCCAGGUCGUCGUCAAUGAGGAGCUCUCGUGGUCAAAGUCUCGUCAGGACACAUUCAAGAUAAUGGGUAGUGAUGUAGGCAGAGCUCAUUCCAUGGGAUUAGGUACCCAGCUCGUCAUAUUCGCUCUGGAAAAGGCUAAUACCGACGAAUGCUAUAAUCUUUCGUUAACAAUGCAUCAUGCAUUAUACGACGGCUGGUCAUUGACGAUUACGAUGAGUCUGGUUGAGCGAGCCUAUGAAAUGGGAAUGAUACCCAGUCCCGUUCUAGACUACAACAUUUUCGUUCAAUUUCUCCAGAACGCAGAUAAUGAGAACCGUGCCAGGUACUGGCGCGGUGUGUUGCUAGAGUCUCCUCAGCCAUUGUUUCCGCCAUAUCCUAUCAGAUCUUACCGAGCACUCGACGAUUCUUCGUACACAGUGACUACAAAGCUUCCGAGGCAGGGCAGCUCUGCCUCUACCCUGACGAUUCUCUGUCACGUAGCAUGGGGUCUACUACUGGCAAAGUAUGAAAAUACUAACGACGUCAUUUUCGGCUGCACACUCAGCGGCAGGAGUGCAGAACUUGAGGAUAUCAACAACAUAUAUGGCCCAACCCUGACAACAGUGCCUCUCAGGCUCAGCUUCGAGACUGGGCAGACCAUCAGCUCUCUCCUUGGAAGUGCGAAGGGGAGCUAUGAUGAUGUUAUUGGGAACGCGCACUAUGGCCUAUCCAACAUUGCUCGCCUCGGACCCGACGAGCGUCGAGGCUGUGGGUUCCGUACUAUCAUAAUCAUCCAGACUCCCGAGUUCGAGACAUUAGAGGACGCGAGCGCCGACCGUGUCACAGACUUUCAAUCGGAAUCGGCAACGAUCCAUGGUAUGCCUCUUACUGUGACUAUUCGCGUUGGGCAAGACACAGACAAGAUCACUUUUCGCUACGACUCGCACUGUCUGAGCGCUACUGACGUCUCUCGAAUUGUUGAGCAGUAUAUUCACAUCCUAGAAGCACUGAGUCAUACAUCAGAAGGGGACAAAAUCUCGGAUAUGGAAUUCUGUUCUCCAGCAGACUGGACACAAGUUCUAAAGUUAAACUCAGACGUGCAUGAAAGAACAGACAGCUGCAUUCACGACCUCGUGACAAGGUCAGCAAUGCAGCAUCCCACGAAGCGAGCUCUGGAGGCUUGGGAUGGUAAUGUGACCUAUGAGGAACUCGAAUGCCUGUCAGACCAGUUGGCCCAAAAACUCUCGCAGCUGGGUGUUGGCUCGGAAAGCUUUGUGCCUCUGUGUUUUGAGAAAUCCAAAUGGGCGAUAGUUGCCAUGCUCGGAAUCCUGAAGGCGGGCGGUGCAUUCGUACCCCUAGAUCCCGCACACCCAAACGCCCGUCUUAGUAUGAUCCUAGAAGAUCUGAACGCGACGAUAGCUGUAACAUCGGAUACACACUCGGGUAGACUUUCGUUUGUCGAGGACAUCGAGGUCAUUGUUGUCAACGAGUCUUGUUUCAGACCUUCCAGCGCCCCUCCGAAUCCUAUUGUCAAUCCCUCUAAGUCUCGUAAUGCGGCAUAUGCAAUGUUCACUUCCGGAUCCACUGGACGCCCAAAAGGCUUCGUCGUCGAGCACGGCGCCUACUGUACGGGCGCCCAGAUUCGCGCGCGUACUAUCAGUCGUGAUGAAAACUCGCGAGUUCUUCAAUUUGCGUCAUACGGUUUUGAUCCAAGUAUUGAAGACAUCAUGACGACACUCAUAUUUGGGGGCUGCGUUUGCAUCCCGUCCAGCUCUGAAGCGCGCGAAAGUCUUGGACUCUAUAUUCAGCAGCACCGGGUCAAUUUCGCGAAUCUGACCCCUUCGUUCGCAGCAACAAUAGACCCUUCUGAAGUUACAUGCCUGGAGACCUUACUCUCCUCGGGCGAGCCCAUGACAGAUGAGUUCGUUAAGCUAUGGGCAGGCCGAGUGAAGCUUAUGAACGGCUACGGGCCAAGCGAGACGUGCAUCAAGUGUGCCAUUAACCCCUGCGUCAAACCCGGAGAUAACCCAAGGAAUAUUGGCCAUUCAGUGGCUGCGAACCUUUGGAUUGUGGACCCAGAGAACCCCGAGCAAUUAGCACCGUUUGGCGCGCCAGGAGAGCUGAUGGUGGAAGGACCUUGUCUCAGCAGGGGGUACCUUCGACCAAGUGAUUCAGUCGACGGCUUUAUCGAGGCACCCAAAUGGCUACAGAAGAUGCGGCAAGGUGUGAGACCCAGGGUUUUCAAGACCGGUGAUCUAGUCCGCUAUGACCCUGACGGCAGCAUAUCAUUCAUCAGUAGGAAGGACACACAAGUGAAGAUCAACGGUCAGCGCACCGAACUGGGUGAAAUUGAGUCCCAGCUUCGCAGAUUGUUGCCUGAGUCCUACACGUCGACAGUGCAGAUGGUAUCCCUCGCCGACAGGCCAACUGGGUUACUCAUAGCAUGCAUCGCAGAGAGAACCGCGAUAUGCGCCGCGGGCUCGGCGAUCGAUACUGUCCAGGUUGCCGAUCUCGCUGGUCACAGGGAGGUUGAGAAGUGGUGGGCGGAUGAAUGUUUCAGUUUCUCGGCGGUCCAAGAAAGUCUAGCUCGAGUUUUCCCAGUGUACAUGAUCCCUAAAGCGAUCUUCGCCUUGGAUCCAAUGCCACUGAAUAUCAACGGAAAGGUAAACCGACGCGAGAUAUCGUCUCUUCUGUCGUCAAUGCACCUUCGCGAGGAUCUGGAGCCAGACGCGGCUCUAACUAGCGACGAAGCCUUGCUGGUGCAACUUUGGGAAGAAAGCCUCCAGAGGAGUUUAGGUCGCGUCAACGCCAGCGCCAAUUUCUUCGACCUAGGGGGGGAUUCUCUGGCCGCUAUUCGUUUGGCCUCGCUUGCCCGACGCAAGCGUCUUCACCUGACAGUAGCUGGGAUACAUGUAAAGCCAAUGCUGAAAGAUAUGGCUGAGAUGAUUGCAUCGUCUUCUUUCAAGAGUAUAUCCACCUACCAGCCGUUUAGUCUCAUAAUACCCAGUUUAGGUACUCAGGCUGAAGUCAUGAAGAAGUGCAGUCAGCAAUGCGGCAUCGAAGUGAGCCAAAUCGAAGACAUGUAUCCGUGUACUUCUUAUCAGGAACACUUCAUCGCGCACGCCAUACGAUUUCCCGGUCAAUGUGUCUUUCAGUCGGCGUUUCCCCUCCGUCCAGACAUCGAUCUUGAUAGAUUCCGCCUAGCGGUCGAGUCAGUAGUGAAGUCUCACCAUUCACUUCGCGCCAGACUUGUUCUGAUCAAUCACGCUUGGCUUCAGGUUGUCGUCGAAGCACCCAUUGAAUGGAAAACUGCAGACAGUCUGCAGUCGGCAUGGGACGCGCAUACAUCGCAGCCCAUGAUGGCCGGGGAUGUGCUGAACCGCUUUGCUAUCGUAGAGGACAAGCGGACAAGACUUUCGUCCUUCGUUUGGACGAGUAAUCACGCCGUCUUCGACGGAUGGUCAACUGCUACAUUCUUGCAGCACAUUGAUCGCGUCUACUCAACCGGAGCACUUCCCAGUCUUCGAAGCAGCUUUGGGGAACUUGUACAGCACACGCUAACAUUAGACAUUGACGAAUCCAGGGAUUAUUGGAUUGACCACUUCGCAUCAAUUGACUGCAAGCCGCUCUGUCCGGUUUUGGAAGACCCUCUUGUAGAUUUUCAUUGGCAUCGCCAAUUCUGUCCUCCUCAGUCCAAAAUACCAGUUUCCCUGCCGACUGCGAUACUUGCCGCUUGGGGCCUCGUGAUCGGCCAUCAAACGCAAUCCAACGACGCCGUGGUGUCGCUGUUGCAGCUUGGAAGAGAUUCGCCGAUUGACGAUAUCGAGAACAUAGUUGGUCUAGUGGCUACUGCGUUCCCAUUCCGAAUCAACUUAGACCCUAGCAUCCAGGUCCAUGACUUCGUGCUCAAAACCAGUGACCGAUUAAACCAGGCGCGCCGGUUCCAGUAUACCCGUCCAGAGAUGAUCCGACAGUGUAGUGCUGAUGCAAACAGGGCCAUCGACUGCCAGACUCGCUAUGUCGCGCAUCCUGCACAGUUCCACAAUGCAUCUAAGCCGGAGCCGAUUAUUUCUGGUAGAUCUCACAGAGUCCCUGUGAAGGGAGAAUGCAUCGAGAUAUCUCUUUCUUUCACAUUCGGUGGACCAGCAAAUGCCAUUGCCAUGGAUCUCACAUAUGAUAGCCGCGCUAUAGAUCAGGAGGUGGUUCAGAGUCUCAUGGAGCGCUUUGAGCUUGUUUUUGUCCAGCUUGUAAAAGCGCCCUCAGGAAAGUGCCUGAAAGACCUCUCGUGGGACCCUUCAGCCAUCUUGCAGGCAAAUCCAAUAAUCAAGACUGAUUUGCAUCGCGCUGAUGACUGGAUUCCUUAUCCUAGGGAAUAAGCAAGGUAAGGAAACAUGCCGGGGUGAAUCAGUAGAUAAAAUGGAAGCCCGGCAGCUACAAGGAGGGACAAGACCGCUGCACCGCACAAUGAAUCAGCAUCUGUUCCCGCACUUGUAAUUGUUCCGUGUUGCGAGCACGCCGGGACCGAGAAAAGUGGGAACCUCGCAGGAGCUGACAAAUCCCGGGUGCCUUUUCACCUUAGUGAUUUCACUUCACGUCCAGCAAUGUACAAGUGCUACUAUAUUAUGCUAUGUAUCUGUUAUGAGUCUUGGUGUUGCGAGGGGGAAGGAUGAACUCAAUUCCGUAGACCGGAUCGCGAUGACUUCAGAAGACAGAAAAUAUAGAAAAUAUAGGGGAGACAAGAGAAGGGCUCGACCGAACGGACACCGAGAAAAUAUCUUAGGCUCUCUUGAAUUAUUUUAAAAUGUGUAUUUAAAU